AAACAGGCGGGUGCAUGGAGUCGCAGUCUCAGAUAUCUGAUUACACCUGCUGCAUACAAGUUAUGGGAACAAAAAUGAAGAUUGAUAUCCAUAAUCACAUAUUACCGAAGGAAUGGCCCGAUCUUAAACAGAGAUAUGGUUAUGAAGGAUGGAUCCAGUUGCACCAUCACUGCAAAGGAGAAGCCAAAAUGAUGAGAGAUGGAAAAGUGUUCCGUGUAAUUCAGGAAAACUGCUGGGAUCCAGAGGUGCGAAUUCGGGACAUGAACAGAACAGGUGUCACAGUGCAGGCUCUUUCUACCGUCCCUGUCAUGUUCAGCUACUGGGCAAAACCACAAGACACACUGGACCUGUGUCACUUUUUAAAUGAUGAUCUGUAUGCCACAGUGAAGAAACAUCCAAAAAGAUUUGUGGCAUUAGGAACUUUACCAAUGCAAGCACCAGAAUUGGCAGUGCAGGAAAUGAAACGCUGUGUAAAAGAACUUGGGUUCCCUGGAGUUCAGAUUGGUUCUCAUAUCAACAAUUGGGAUCUGAAUGCCCCUGAACUCUAUCCAGUUUUUGCUGCAGCAGAAGAACUAGAUUGUGCAUUAUUUGUUCAUCCAUGGGACAUGCAGACUGAAGGACGAAUGUCUAAAUAUUGGCUUCCCUGGUUAGUGGGGAUGCCAACAGAGACCACCAUGGCCAUUUGCUCAAUGAUUUUUGGCAGCAUCUUUGAAAAAUUCCCUAAACUGAAAGUAUGUUUUGCACAUGGAGGAGGAUCCUUUCCAUAUACAGUUGGACGCAUUGAGCAUGGUUUUAACGUGCGACCAGAUUUGUGUGCAGUGGAUAACAAUAUGAAUCCAAGAAAAUACAUUGGAUCUUUUUACACUGACUCUCUUGUUCAUGACUCACUGGCUUUAAGGCAUCUUGUGGGAGUUAUUGGUGAGGACAAUGUACUAUUAGGAACAGAUUACCCAUUUCCAUUAGGAGAACAUGAGCCAGGGCUGCUGAUAGAAUCAAUGGAGGAGUAUGACAAUGUUCUGAAGAAUAAACUGUUAGCCACAAAUGCUCUUGAGUUCUUGGGUUUGGACAGAAGACAAUUUGAAUGAAGGAGAAAACUUGCUUACUGCUCCAUGUAAAGACAGUGGCGCUUCAGCACUUUCAACAUCAAAGAAAAAAGGCAGAUAUUGAAAAAGAUACCAUUAUACUCUACUAAUACAUGCUGUAAUUCCAAACAUAUUUAUAAUUAGUUUCAGUAUGAGAAACUGCUGUGUAUGUCCUUUAUGUACAGUAUGUUCCUUUUACCUCUAAUCCUUGUGCCUGAUAAUGCCUGAAAAUGCCUAAUUAGAGGCUGACAUUUCCCAGGAUGUCAUAAUGAAGAACACAGUAUAGUUUCCUAAUCAAACUGUUAGAAAAUGCAGAUACUUUACUAAUUGAGAGUAGUUUAUUUACUAGAGCAGUAUAUGUAACUAUAGUUCUGUAUACAGUUUUACUAUGUGUUCAAUUUAUAAAGAAACACUGGUUAUAAGCACAAUAAAUCUCAAAUUAAUGAAUUUCACAGUUCAAAAUGUACAUAAUGAACCUAUAUCUAUAUAAACUGAAGAUGGCUC